AUGUAUCAUGUGGUGAUUCCCCUUGAAUACACCUAUGUCAUCAACUUGAUAACCAACAACUACUUUCAUACUCAAAACCAAUGGUUCAAGUACGAUUCAGGUCCAUCGGUAAUCGAUAUCAUUGACAACGUCCAAGCUAUCCAUCGCGAAGCCGACAAACUCAAUGAAUCCAUUGAUGGGUCUGUGAAUGUGGUAGAGGGACUGUCCAGUCAAGAAUAUGUGGUAACUAUAUCUUCCACCAACCAGUCGUUUGUCAAUAAUGCCAGAACCAAAAUUCUUCAAAAGUAUAACCGGGUUGGGUACAAGCAAGUGGAGCUUGAGGCUAGCUCUUUCCGCAAAUUGAACCACGACUUUUUCUUCUAUUUGAACGACUUGGCUUCUCGUUAUGAUGUGGAUAUUAUUAUCAGUGACGAGAACACCGACUUUCAAACCAAGGUGAACCGGUCAAAUCAUCCGUAUGUGUAUGUGUUGGGAUUUGAGGAUAACAUCACCGUGGCUGAGUCACAAUUGAGAAUUCUCUUGGACACCAUGAUGGAUGAAUAUCAUUUGGAUUAUGUGAAUAUUGAUCUCUCGGUGGUGCCAUUGAUCGGAGGUAUUGACCUCUACAACUUUAACCAAAUUGCUAUGCAACUGAAAGCCAACAUUUAUAUCCUGGACCUUCUCCCCAGCUUGUUCAGUACCAAGGUUCUCGAUACCACAAGCCAACUCAAAAUCUCCAUCACUGCUAGAAACGUCCAUGAAAUCGCCUUGUCCAAGCAUAUUCUUACCAGGCUCUUGGAACAACUAAAAAGCAACGGGAAAUGGGAUCUUUUCGUCAAACUGGUGACGCUUCCAAAGACCACCAUUGAUGCCUUAGUAUUGCACAACCAGCCUGAAUUAUUGAAUAUCAUGUUCAAAUACGGUGUCUAUGUUCAGGUCCCAUCGCUCGCCGAACCGGGCGAGUAUGACAUUAUCAUUCAAGGUCAGACGGCCGAAAUGGUGAAUGAUGCAGUAGAGGACCUUGCUUUGUUGGGCAGCAGGUAUUAUACCCUCACGCUUCGGCCUGCUGGAUUCCCCAACGAUAUCGUUAACAAGCUUCUGAAACUUGUCAGUAAUAAGCGUUCAUGCGUGGUCACCGCUAGCAGCCAUUGCAUUGAGUUAACAGGAUUAGCUGAAGAUAUCAAGGCGGCUCUCUCUGAUUUUAACACUGACUAUGUGUACUGGCAUUCAUGUUUCAGUGGAGACUUUGAUAUCAAGCUUCAAAUUGAGUUGAACAAUAGUCAAAAGGACUUUAUAAGCGGUAAGAAAAACGGAAAGCUUAUCAAGAUAUUGAACCAACUCCAUCUGAUUCCCCAAAUUCAAUUCAAGCCAUUCAACCAGAACAAUUUUUAUAUUGAUAUCAGUAUCACCAGUGGAAACCCCACCACACUCCCUCAAUUGCUCCAGGCUAUUCACCUUGUUGAGUGCGAGCUUCCAGCAGAAGAUCAGUUUAACAUUCCCGAGGUGUUCCAUAAAUCUAUCAUUGGUAAUGGUGGAUCGAUUAUUCAGUCAAUUAUGAAAAAGUAUAACGUUUUCAUCAAAUUCUCGAACAAAAAUAACUUAAAUGAGUCGCGAGUGUUCUACACCUACAAACGAAGCAACAAUGUCUUGAUCAAGUGUCCUAGAAAAAAUAGUCGAAACAUCAUGUUGGCUAGGUAUGAGAUCGACCAACUCGUUCAGCUGUGUCUCAAAAACCAAGCCAUGAUACCUGGACUUGCACAUUAUCGUACCACUGGAUUUAAGCUUCUCAAGGGACAUUAUAUGUUGAUGAUCAAUGCCAAGAAUAAAAACUUGAACUUUGUCAAUGAAUUGGAAAUCAAGCAUGGAGUGUAUAUCGAUUUCCCCAAAUCUGUUGAAGCGUUUCAGAAUAGCAACGAGUUGACGGUUUCUAUCCGUGGUUCUGAUCACCGUUCUCAACAAUGUGCUGAGCAAUUACGGUUGCAAAUGCCAAUAAACUACGAAAUCAAAGUGACAUUUUCUCCAGGGAAAUUCGACCAUAUGAUCAGCGAGGCCAAUGUCGAGUUCUGUGAGCGGGUAUUGGUACCAUUAAACGUGAGACAUGAUGUAACUCUUACGAUUAAUGAGACGCCUAUUGGCACUUACGACACUGGAUUUCACCAGGUGAUCUUGAGCUCGUAUCUGGAUGCAAGCAUCAAGGCAGGAGUACAGCAAUUGACUAGCUUUUUGAGAGAGAAAGAGUUUAUGAUUGCGGACCGUAGUCCCUGGAAGUAUGAGCAAAUUGUGGAUACUGAAGUCGAGCAAUUGCGGCCAAUCAAUAAUGUGGUGCGACCAGUUGCAAAAUUCGAGAAAAAUGCAGUAAACUACAAUUUCACUAACGACCAACCAGGAAUGAUAAGAUAUCGCAAUCAAUAUGCCAACAUCUUGAUACCAUAA